UCUUACUGGAAACUUCUAUCAGACUACUGAAUAGGUAUCUUAAACGUGUUAACACCUCCAAACUCAAACUCUUACCAUUCCUCCAACCUGUUUUCUCUCCUUUCCUUAUUUCAUUUAAUGGCAUCAUCAUCCAUUCAGCCUUGUAAACAUGAAAAAAACACUCAGUGAACAUUAACUAUUUCUUUUUUACUCUUUAGAUCCAAUUUUGCCCCCAGUCCUGAUCAUUGUAUCUGUUUUAGUUUAGGUUCCCUCAGAAUAGACCCUGAUCCAAGGAGUUGAGUGCAAGUUCAUCUGGGAGGUGGUUCCAGGAAAUAAUGUGGCCCAGAUGAGUGAGUCAGCAUCUCAAGAGGAACCCAAACCUGCUCAGGAAGAUGGAAAAGAAGACAAAGAAAGGAAAGAGGAAGCACCUGAAGUCAAAGAGCCUACUGAGAAAUACACCUGGAAGAGCAGACAAAAACCUCAAUUUGUUCAAUAAAGGACUCUAACACUAGAGUCUCAAAGACUUUGGUGGUUAGAAAACCUGCAAAAGUGAUUUUCAAUUUAGAUCCAACUGCACUGAACUCAAAGCUAGAACAGCCAUGGAAGAAAAAUUUUUUCGAAAGAUUGGAAGCAAGAGCCCAGGCAAUGCAGCAGAAAAUAAUAGAUAAGGACAAUCUGAAGAAAGAACUAGAAAAAAAGGCUGAAAAAAAACUCUCUAGGGAUAAUUUGGCCAAAGAGUGGUUUAAUGCUGAAAACAUGACACUGAACACUCGUGCAUAUUUGCUUGACAAACUUCUGCCUACCUUAGUUCCUGGAGUGGAAAAAAUGUUAAUGCAAGUGGAAAAGAAGAAGCUUCGGGCAGAGGUUGAUAAUACAACCAAGUUUAACCCAAUUAAUCAUUUGGGGGAAUACUUAAUGAGAAACAAUCCUUAUUAUAUCAAAGACUCAGGAAUGUCUGGUUAUCAAAGGGUGAUGAGGGAUGUCACAGAAGCCCUGAAGAUACAUGUUCCCGACACUACUGGCAACAGAAUAAGCAAGAUGAAGGAGAGUAUUAAACAGAAACGAGAACAAAGACAAUGCAUAACAGAAGUCAAAGUCCAGGUGGCCAAUACACGGAAGCAGGCUCUGCAGGAGCAGUUCAGUGAAUGGAUUCUAGACCCGAAAGGAAUGAUUCCCCUGGUAGUGAUUCAGAAUGUUCUUCAUGAAUUUUUUCAAAAUCCAGAUUUCCAUCUUGAAGCAUGUUGCAAACAAUUGGAUAUUGCUGACUCAAUGGAACCAAGAUUGAACAAAAUGGAAUUUACAGAGUACAUCUCUUCACACAUUGCAGACUUUAAAAGUGAAAUGUUUGAGAAUCUCCUUAAGCACAUUUGUCAUUGUGCAGAUGAAUUCCGGGAGGUCAUAAAAACGGACAUGUGGAGGCAGAUGUUUGCUGAACUCUUCCUGCAUUGUGACCGUGGGAAGGUAGGGUUUUUGGAUCGGCAGAGGACAUUGGCCUUGCUGGAAACAUUCUAUGACCAAAGUUCAAAAACGCUUAGAAGUUUGCUGCGAAACCCAAGACAAUGGCCAUUCAUUGAAUUUGAAGAGAUAGACUUGCCUGAGUUCUGGGGAGACAUGGAUAAUCAGAAACAUAUUUAUGAAGACUUUGACAAAGUGCUCUUAGAGAUGAAUGCAUUACUUUCUGAAAAACAUGCUAGCAAAACCCAAAGCAAGUUGUUAGAAACUCCAGAAGAUCAACAUAAACAUGAUGAACAUAAUGAAUCAACACUGCCAGAAGAGCAGAGAGAGACGACUUCAGAACAAGAACCAAACAGAAUUUCAACCGAAGAACAACAAGACAGAGAGUCAACUGGAGAAAAAGAACUAUACAGAGAAUCAGUAACAGAACAAGAAACCCACACAGGGUCAACUCCAGAACAAGGAUCAAGUAGAGAGUUAAUAGAACAAAGACCACAUGGUGACUCAGUCAUAGAACAAGGGCCACCACAAAGAGUGUCAUCUUCAGAACAAGGAGUCAACAUGGAAUCAACUGCAGAACAAGGACUCUACAGAGAAUCAAUAUCAGCACAAGGACAACACAAAGGGUCAACAGCAGAACAAGGAUCACACAGAGAGUCAGUAGCAGAACAAGGAUCACACAAAGGGUCAGCUGCAGAACAAGAACCAUCCAGAGAGAUAAUUCCAGAAAAACAACAGGAUUCAACUUUACAAUCAGAAAGAGGUAGUAUCUUCAGAGAAAGUAAAAUGUCUAGGGAGGCUACUUCCUAUGAGUACACUGAAAUCUCCCCAUGGGAAGAGAAGACUCAGGAGCAAAUAUAUGAAGAGGAACUAUCUGUGAGUCCUGAACUGCAAGAGGAAGUCCCAACGUCAAGAAGAAAAGAUCAUCUUUCAGAAACGACAAAAAAGGAAAGUCAGAAAGAUCCAUCCUGUGAAAAGUCCCAAGAAAUAGAAGGAAAGUCAUGGUCAGGCGAACUUUUGACUUGUAACUGGAAGAUGAAUUGUAUCAAAUGUGAAGAUGAGGAACAAGCAAACUUACUCCUCGGUAACUCCAGGUUUACAGACCUACACUCAAUUAUCAGAAAUAUUCAGUCUUACAAGGAAGUAAAAGGUAGAAGUGCUUUCAAUGGAGUUUCCUUAAAUCUGCUCCAGUUUGUGCAACUUCUGGAGACAUUUAUUGGUGAAGAUGCCCCCUUGAGUGUCAGUGAGACCCUCACAUCCUUUUUUAAGCGGGGCUAUGUUGAAACAGAAGAAGAGAAAAUAAGUGGCUUAGAACAGGCUAGACAAAAUGCUUCCAGAGCCCGACGGGAACUUCUCCUAGAAGCCGUGUUUCACAAGUGGGACAGUGAUGGCUCAGGCUUCCUGGAUCUGAAGGAAGUUGAUGAACUCUUGUACACAUACAAGGAGGGAAUGGAAAAAGAAUCUAUGAAGAAAGCUAAACUACACAUCCAAUUUUCAAAGCCACACCCUGACCAAGAAGUGAGGUUGUCUUUAAAACAGUUUCAGAAAUACAUAGAAUUGGUUGUAUCUGAACUCAGGGGCAAUGAAGAUCAUGUUCUGGAAAGUGUUGUGGAGUUUCUGAUGAAUACUUUAGAAAGGAGCCAUAUUGAGAAUCUGAGGAAUUGUGCCAGACGGAAAUGGCUGUACCAAAUCCAACGUGCUGCAGAGACAAGUGGGGUGUCCCUGGAGCCGGUGUACACGGAGACCUUUAAUGCCCUCACCCAGGAUGCUGAAGCCCAUGGGAAUAAGAAGAUCAGUGCUCACAUUUCCCUCUUAGAAGAGAACCUACUACUGCCUGAUAGAGGGGAAGUUCUAUUGAGGAACAUAGCUUGUACUUUAGAUGAUGCUCCAUUUGUACUGAACCGAGUGCUCUACAGGGACAUGAAGGGAAUCAGCUUCACAGUAGUGGAUGAAGGAAAGCCAAUACACGUGCCCCAAGUUCAACACCACGGGAACAUCUUUUUCUGGAACCAUUCCCUCAAGAAGAAUGAUCAAAACGGGUCAUUCCUGGCUCUGCCUCUUCAGGAUGCAUAUAUGAGGAUCUUUGGGGUCAUGGCUGUUGACACCCUAAGAGAUCCCAAAAAAAUAAAUAUCUUUGUACCUCAUGAGAUCAGAUUCUAUCAGGGUGUCGCCAACGUCUUCAGCACUGCCUAUCACUAUGUGCACAGCAGGGAGCACAUCCUGCAUGUUGUGAUCAGGGGCAUUGGCUGGCUCUGUGAUAUCACAUCUGACAUCACCACCAUUACGACGUACUUUGUUGAGCCCGGCCCAACGCGGGAUUCAGACUAUGUUUUACGCAAUAUGAUGGUUACCGGGCACCUGGGUCUAACAGAAAUCCACAAGAACCCCCCUACAAUUUUCAGGAAGACAUGCAUCUUCAGAGACUUCCUCUUCAAGUGUACAGACAGUUCGGAGGUUGUUCUGGCCUCUGUCUGUGGAGAAAACCACAUCAUAAUUCCACUCCGUGAGAGAACAGGAAAAGCCCUGGGAAUUCUUGAUUUUAACAUUGGCAGGAGUAAAAUGUUACUGUAUCGAGAAUUUAAAGAUCUACAGAAAAUGAUGAAGGUGGUCCAAGCUGCCUGCUACGAAAUACUGGGCGAAUUAUCUGGAGAAAUAAAGAAAAACUAUGUCCUAGAGAUUGAAAAUGUAGGAGAAGUCCAGCGGGCAGGAGUUCUCUUUUUCCGAAUUAUGCUGCAAGAACUGCAAGAAAGCCUCCGGCUGCUUACCGCCCUAGACUUCGUAUCACUGUUGCUCUAUGAUUAUAAUCUUCCACCAGAGUUCACAUCUCCGUCAGAUAGCAAGUCCCAGGAGCUGGAAGCCAACACAAAGCUCGUACAUGACAUCCUGAUAGGGGUGAUCUUGUUCAUUCAUCCAGAGUUGGAAUUAUCAGGUGACUUCAGAAACUGGGAAAAGUGUAAACUGUAUGUUAAGAGUUACUUAGUCGAGAAUAUUUGUGAAUUUGAUCCGACUGCUAAGAAUGUGAAAGUUAAUUUACAGCUCAUUGGCGAACAUAUCAGAGAUCAUUCUCGAAUCGAAGUAUGGGAAUUUGGUAAUAUUGUCAUCGAAUACCUCUACCAGUGGGCACACAUCUGUUUAGCUCUCGUGGAGCUAAACAAAAAACCAAAUAGUGCUCUCGCACCCCCGUUGCCCUCCAAGACCGACUCCUGUGUGUAUGCAAAAAUGCCAAAGGAAACCAUGCCAGGGAAAUGCUAAUGAAUUAGUACUGUAUUUAGGAUAUUUUUGUCAUGUUCAGUUUUGUUAACUAUAAAAUAUUUUCAAUUGGAAAGGAGUGCCACAUAGACAUAUCCGGCUCCUAGACAUUUACUUCAGCACUUUUUAAAACGAAAAACGCUACCUAAGGAGAAAUUUGAUCUAAAAAAUAUCCAGUGAAGGUAGCUGUAACCAAAUGUAUGUUAUGGCAUAUACUUAAAAGUUUCCUUUUAGUUUUAACUUUGUAUCUGCCAUGGGACUAUUGUGGUUAAUUGGGUAGAGUUAUUUUAAUUCUUUUAAGGUACAAAGUAAAGACUGAGAAUUUAAGGGGAAAAUGGCAGUUUUUACAUUAAAAGGGUACCAAGUAAUAAAGAUUUUAAAUGAACUGGGAAUUGUUUUUCUACUUUUUCAGAGACUUAAGUGAGCACCCCCUCUUCCCUCUCCCCAUCUUCGACUCACCCUCCCCACUCACUUUAACAAGUUAUUCCAAUGAAUAGAAAUUCUUGUGGGAAAAUGUCCAUGACUCAUGGAAAAAAGAAAACACCUUUUUUUUUUAAUAACAAAAACCUCUCAAGUUCAAGAACUGCAAAAAGAAUUUAUAUUUAUUUAAAGCUUAUUAUUACAGCAAACUUUACUGCUCUUUUGUGAGAUUUCAUCUUUGCAAUAAGAUAUCUGAUGAGAGUCCAUUUUUA